ACGCCAGCGUGGUCACGUGAACUCACUGCCACGUGACUCCGCCUGCGGCCCGUGGAAGGGGCAGAGGGGACGCGCUUGGAUGAGGAGAGAAAGGGGGGCGGAGGGGCAAGAUGGCGACCCACCUGUCCUACGGACGAGUGAACCUGAACGUGCUGCGCGAGGCGGUGCGUCGCGAGCUGCGCGAAUUCCUGGACAAGUGCGCGGGAAGCAAGGCAAUAGUUUGGGAUGAGUACCUCACAGGACCAUUUGGCCUGAUUGCACAGUAUUCACUACUGAAGGAACAUGAAGUGGAAAAAAUGUUCACCCUUAAAGGAAGUCGUUUGCCUGCAGCCGAUGUCAAAAAUAUUAUUUUUUUUGUCAGACCCAGGCUAGAAUUGAUGGAUAUAAUUGCUGAAAAUGUGCUCAGUGAAGACAGACGUGGCCCAGCAAGAGAUUUCCACAUUUUGUUUGUGCCACGACGCAGCCUAUUGUGUGAACAGCGGCUGAAGGAUCUGGGUGUUUUGGGCUCCUUUAUUCACAGGGAGGAGUAUAGCUUGGAUCUCAUUCCCUUCGAUGGGGAUCUCUUAUCCAUGGAGUCAGAGGGAGCCUUCAAAGAGUGCUACCUGGAGAGCGACCAGACCAGCCUCUACCAUGCGGCCAAGGGGCUGAUGACCCUGCAGGCUCUGUACGGGACCAUCCCCCAGAUCUUCGGGAAAGGAGAGUGCGCCCGGCAAGUGGCCAAUAUGAUGAUCAGGAUGAAGAGAGAGUUCACAGGAAGCCAGAAUUCCGUAUUUCCUGUUUUUGAUAAUCUCUUACUGCUCGAUCGAAAUGUGGACUUGUUAACACCCCUUGCCACUCAGCUUACAUAUGAAGGACUCAUUGAUGAAAUUUAUGGUAUUCAGAACAGUUACGUGAAGUUGCCUCCGGAGAAAUUCGCGCCCAAGAAACAGGGCGAUGGCGGUAAGGAUCUUCCCACGGAAGCCAAGAAGCUUCAGCUGAACUCUGCGGAGGAGCUGUACGCCGAGAUCCGAGACAAGAACUUCAAUGCCGUGGGCUCCGUGCUCAGCAAGAAAGCCAAGGUGAUCUCGGCUGCGUUUGAGGAGAGGCACAACGCCAAGACGGUGGGGGAGAUCAAGCAGUUCGUCUCCCAGCUGCCCCACAUGCAGGCCGCCAGAGGCUCACUGGCGAACCACACCUCAAUCGCAGAGCUGAUCAAAGAUGUCACUACUUCUGAAGACUUCUUUGAUAAGUUGACAGUGGAGCAGGAGUUUAUGUCUGGAAUAGACACCGAUAAGGUCAAUGGUUACAUUGAGGACUGUAUUGCCCAGAAGCAUUCACUGAUCAAGGUGUUAAGACUUGUUUGCCUCCAGUCGGUGUGCAAUAGUGGACUCAAACAAAAGGUUCUGGAUUAUUACAAAAGAGAAAUUCUCCAGACGUACGGCUAUGAGCACAUUUUGACCUUACACAACCUGGAGAAGGCUGGCCUCCUGAAACCACAGAUGGGGGGCAGGAACAAUUACCCGACAAUCCGGAAAACCCUACGCCUCUGGAUGGAUGACGUCAAUGAACAAAGGACUUGGCGUGCGUUGGUGCAGAGCCCGCAGUCUACCUCCUGGGCUCAGAGCCAAGAAGGGCAGAGAGGAUCUGGGAGGAACCCAGCGUGUGCGGUGAAAAGUCAGCUUGGGCAAAAGUAAGGCAGACAGUAAAGUUAGGUUCCUUCCACAUCUAACCCCAGGUUCCCCUCAAAGGCAGCUGUUGUAACCCUAACCCACGUUUUAACCCUCCCAGAAAGGUUCUGUGGCUAUACAAACCCUUUCACGUAGAUGAUGCACACCAGUGACCUCCGAAGCAGGUGCACUUCGUUUUGCAUGCAUGGUUGAUUCCACUCAUCCUGAACUUCUUUCUCUUAUAUUCUCUCUUGGUGUUUCGUUAGGCUGCCUCUUGCAACAGAAACUAGUAAUUAGACUGUCUCCUCUAUCUGCAGCAAAAUUGGAUUAUUUUUCCCCAUUUGCAAUAUAGAGACUUAAUUUCUGUGUUGUACAAUGUAAAUGAUACUUUAGUUUGGCUCUCUUCACCUUUCUGACCUGCUGCUCCCACCCCACUCAUCGUGUCCACUGUCUCUUGAAGGUCAUCCUGUGAUCUGCCUCUUUAUUUAUCUUUCUGUUUUUGCUUACAUUUUAAUUAGAAUCAAUGUUUCAGGGCUUACAUUUAAAUAAAGGUUUAUUUCUAUAACAACAAUUAUAAUAGUUAUAAUAACUUGCGAUAAUUAGAAAUAAGCAUUUCUUGAUGUCUCUGAGAGGCAAAAAGUACCCUGAUAAAAUAAUAUCUGUAAAUUCAUAACAAAACUAAAUCAAAUCCCACCCCUUACCACAUCCUAACAUAUUUCACUAGAUUUAAAUACAGUAUGUCUUUUAUCACAUGAAACAGACAUUAAAAAUACAGUAACCAUUUGUGAAGAGAAGUGGCAAACAGCAUUUCUCAGGAGAGCCUAAGACUAAGGCUAUUCAUCAUUGCGGAAUGAUUUAUAAGCUAAUCUGCAUCAAGGCAAAAUAAUAACUAGAUUUCUCUGAGGUCCUGCGAUGGUACAAUUUUGUGUUCAGUGAGUCACAUAAUGAGAAGAGGGAAUCAGUAAAUAAGAAAAGAAACUCCUUAUGGGAUAUAGUUUCAUGGUUUGAGUCUAGAGGAGAAACCCUGGGAAAACAAACAAACAAGAUAUAAGCCAACUUUCCAGCUCAUGUAUUGACACAAAAUCCUUCACUAAGCAAAGGAACACAAGGGCAGCGUGGGGAUGGGAAGUUGGUUGUUACAUUUCUAGAGGUUGCAGCCACAGCUUUCGGGACAAGAACCAUUUCUGAUGGCAGAGGUAAGAACAGAGAUAAACCCACACUUAAAACCUGCAGUUACUAUUGAAGCGGAGAGUCAUGGUCAAAGUGAACUCCCCUUCUAAUAGAAAGGUAGAACAACCCCCAAAGUCCAACAUGGCAUUCUUAAAUAAGGCCCUGUGUUUUAAAGAUACUCCUUUGCUUAACGUGGAGAAAGAAAAAAACAUAAUUUUAUAACUUAGCCAGAAAAAGUCAUACAAGAUAUACACUUUAUGUCCACGGGUUUCUGAAAUCAUGUUUUUUAAAAAUCUUGACCUUAAUCAAAUUUACCCGCACAAUAUACUAGUAUUUACUAUUAAACCAACCAAAUUGCCACCAUAAUUGCUCUCAAAAGAUAUAUAUUUUUUAAUAUAUAUUUUUUUAUUUCAGAGAAGAAUGGAAAGGGAGAU